UGAAUGAAGUGUUUGGAGAUGUGGUGAGCGGUGACUGCAAUGACAGCUAAACCCCUAUUCAUAGCAAACACUUGACUUAACUCUGACUCCAUUAUAUGGUUUGCAAACUGCAGUGGACUUUGAGUUUGAGUUUGAUUUGAUUGACAAUUCGUUUAAUUGUUGUUUGGAUUGAGAUUUAAGUGAAGAAUGAGUGAAAAGAUUGAGUUGAAGACAGCGCCAUAUGACCCACGCUUUCCCAACCAAAACCAGACCAGGAACUGUUACCAGAACUACCUGGACUACCACCGGUGCCAAAAGGUGAAGGGUGACAAGUAUGAGCCAUGUCAGUGGUUCAAGUGGGCCUACACUGAACUCUGUCCCAAAGCAUGGGUUUACCGAGAAAUGGGACGAUCAGAGAGACAACGGUAUCUUUGCUGGAAGAAUAUGAGCCAUUCAUGCAGUGAAUACCACUUCCAACACAAGAACCCUUUAUUGUACUUUCAUUUACUUUGAGUUAAUGUUAGAGUAAUUAGAGAUUGGAUUUUAAGUCAAAUACAAAUACAGUUAUAAAUUAGUUAAGAAAUUAAUUACAAAUGAAUUAAUUAUCAAAAAUUCAAUAAACAGUUAUUCAAAAGUGAAUUAUAAUGAA